UGUGGUCGGCAGCGGUGUGAACAGUGCUGCAGAAUGUUUGGAAACAUGUUCCUCUCGCUGUUUCUCCUCUUUCUUUUAUACAAUGACCCCGCCGAGGCGCAGAAGAAAAAAGAGACUCUGAUGUCAGAGAAGGUGACUCAGAUGAUGGAGUGGGCCUCCAAGCGCUCAGUAAUCCGGAUGAAUGGAGAUAAAUUUCGUCGCUUUGUCAAGGCUCCUCCCAGGAACUACUCGGUGGUCAUCAUGUUCACGGCACUGCAGCCACAGAGGCAGUGUGGGGUCUGCAAACAAGCUGAUGAGGAGUUCCAGGUGCUGGCUAACUCCUGGCGUUAUUCUUCUGCCUUCACGAACAAAGUCUUCUUUGCAGCUGUCGAUUUUGAUGAAGGAUCAGACGUCUUUCAGAUGCUUAGUAUGAAUUCUGCGCCGACCUUUCUUCACUUCCCAUCCAAAGGGAAACCUCGCAAGACUGAUACCUAUGAGCUGCAGGUCAGAGGCUUUGCAGCUGAGCAGCUGGCGAGAUGGGUGGCCGACAGGACUGAUGUGCAGAUCCGUAUCAUUCGUCCCCCCAACUAUGCAGGGCCUCUCCUGCUGGGCUUCCUCCUGGCUGUGAUUGGAGGACUGGCGUAUUUGCGAAGACACAAUUUGGAGUUUCUCUUUAACAAGAACGUCUGGGCCUUCUCUGCACUGUGCUUUGUCCUCAUCAUGACUUCAGGCCAGAUGUGGAACCACAUCAGAGGACCACCUUAUGCACAUAAGAACCCCAGCACCGGCCAAGUGAGUUACAUCCACGGCAGCAGUCAGUCCCAGUUUGUGGCCGAGACGCACAUCGUCCUCCUCUUCAAUGCUGCUGUUACCUUGGGAAUGGUGCUGCUGUGUGAGGCUGCUACCUCGGACCUUGACAUUGGAAAGAGGAAGAUUAUGUGUGUAGCAGGUAUUGGUCUGGUGGUGCUGUUCUUCAGCUGGCUGCUGUCAGUCUUCAGAGCAAAGUACCAUGGUUACCCAUACAGCUUCCUGAUGACUUAAUGCUGACCAGCAUCCUCCAACUUCACAGCUAGUAUGAACAGGAAGCUCUCCAAAGUGCUGUCAGCCGGCCGGGUGCUGCCAACGGCAACGCCACAUUUCUCUUUUGCUUUGUCUCCUCAUCUGUUGAGCCAAAGGUGUGUGUGCACAUACACACUGUGCCUUCCUUUUACAAAGACUCAUUUGCCAACAACAGAGCCAUCACCAGUGUGAUUUCUAAACUGUCUUGUGCCAGAAGGUGUUUUCUACAUUAGAACUCUGGAAUCGUUUCCUCGUCCAGCUGUUCCUGGACACAACUUUCAGUCUGUUUCUUUCUGUUUCAAACAGGCCAUGGGCUCUCUUCUUUUUGUUUGGGUGUGGCUAAACUUCAACCAGGAUUUUACAUUCAUGGAUCAGUUAUUUCAGAAAUCCAGGGUUUAAUUUUGGUAACCUCAUAUACGGGUCUUGUAAUAUCCUAUAAAUGUCCUUGGAAGUUUUCUAGAAAGAACACGUUAUGGCGCUAAAUGUAGGGAAAACAUCUGCAACAGCACACAAAGUACGUUUUUAAGAAUCAACCAAUCUAAAUAGGUCCCGUUUAGUGAAGUUUAGAAGCAAUUGUUGAUUAGAGAUCCAUUUAAACACAAAUUAAUAUGCAUGAUUUACUGGAAACGCUGUUCCUCAUUGUUGUUGAAUUGUACGCUCACCUGUGAUUAUCCAAGCACAUGGAAAGUCAUGUUGAGCUGGGCUCUGCUGCUGUGCACUGGAUGAAUGAAAUAAUCAUCAAAUCUUCCAAUUGAAAACUGUCCAUUUUCCUAUUUAUUUUACCCAAUUAUAUAAUUCUUUCUGGGACCAUUUCUAAGUAUUUACAGUUGUGAUUUGUUUUUUCUUGGCAGUGGUUGGCUAGUUGCAUCACUGAAGCGUGACACCUGUGAGGUAAAUAAAAUAUAUAAAUAUAGGAUAGAGUUCUAUUUUCCACUUGGAAGCAGUAACGCAAAUCAACGCAUCUUAGAAUCGAUGAGUAUAGAAACAUGAGAACUCUGUUACGGUCUAGACCUAAGAAAAUCUACUCUACGGAUGAAAUUUGUAUACAUUUAGUAAAUAAAUUAGGUUUGGUGAUGAGCCCUCCAGCGUUACAUUAUUUUGUCAGAAUCUUGUAUCCAUCCGUGUACAUGCAUGGAGAACUUGUUUCGAUACCAUAUUAGAUGUUGGUAGACAGCAGCACAUUAGUCUCCUCUACCAAACCAGAUGAAUGAGAUGGCUCUUAAACAGCAUGAUGCAGUGUGUGGGUCAUCCAGCUUGUUGGCUUGUUUACAACAAUCAGCUUCCUACUGUUGGUGUGCGUGUGCCUGUCUACCAUCUUUCAAGUGACCACUCUGCUCAUGGGAACUGUAGUAUUUAGACCAAUUUACCAAACCAAAGGUACGUAAAAAGUGAUUUCAUAGUUACAAAUUAAAACUACUUCUAAGCAACGCUCGUAACAUAGCCAUAUAAACGCUGUCUUACCAUCUUGUCUUCCUUUGCUUCUGUGUUGAGCACUGAGGUCAUCCUGCAGUGCCUUAUACUUGCUGACAACGUGUAUGCAAUAAUAAUGGUUCCAUGUCAGAUUAUUUUAAUAAACAUCAAGGCAGUCUGAACUGCAGCUAAUUUAAUCCAUCAAUUAUUCCUCACUACUUUGCUCAGUGUAGGACAGAGUGACAAUACAGGAUUCAAAUGAAUGGCUACUAUGUGAUGAUGAAAUAACUUCUGUUUUUAGUAGUUUGGGUUUUUAACAUAACAUUGUUUGGUACAAACCUAUAUGGAAUUCAAAAGAUAAAAUACAAGUAGAUGGAGGGAUGCGUUUGAUAAAAUGUACUAGCUGCCCCAAUUCAUUUUCCUUUUUCUAAAUGAGAAAUUGCAAAUUGUAGAAACAAACUGAUGAAUUUAAGUUGUUUUUGGAUUCAUCAAGUCACUUGACUAAUUCAUUUUUUUCACAUGCACUUUGGAUUAAAAAAAACUUCUUUUCAACUAUAACAUUUUUGUUGAAAUGGAACUAGCAGAUGAAAAGUUAACUUUUCACACUUCCUGGUUUCCUUUAUUAAGAAGUAAUAAUGAGAAAUGUGCAAACGCAUUCAUUAGGAUACUAAUCAGAAGUAUACAUCUCUUUCUGUUAUGUGCUUUAAAUGUCUGGUUGCUAAAUUUGUACCAGGAGAGAUUUUCGAUUUGAGAUGAUUAUUUCUAAUAUUAAAGUGCCUUAAAUUCGA